GGCAGCGGGGCAGCGGAGCCGGCGGCGCUCAGGCUGGGCUUGGUCAUAUCCCAGUGACUGGAGAUUCAAGGUCACUAUGGCCACGCAAGAGAAGUCCAGUUACACCAAACAACAUGAGGAUUCCUGUCAUUUCCCUGAGAUUAUUGAACUCAAUGUGGGUGGUCAGGUGUAUAUCACUCGCUAUUCUACUUUGGUCAGUAUUCCUGGUUCCACACUCUGGGAAAUGUUCAGUGAAAAGAAUCCGUGCUCCCUGAUCCAGGACAACAAGGGGAGAUUCUUCGUUGAUCGGGAUGGUUUCCUCUUUCGCUAUGUGUUAGACUACAUGAGAGAUCAGCAAGUGGUGCUUCCUGAUCACUUCCCAGAGCGGGGUCGACUCCAGAGAGAAGCAGAAUACUUCAAGUUACCAGAGCUUGUCAAGAUGCUGACUCCUAAAAUGAACACACUCAAUUCAGUUGACAACAGCCUAUGCCAAAGUGACCUAGAUGAGCUGUCUCCCAACAGUGACACUAUAUAUAAUCUCUCUUCGAGCAAUGUCAUCCGAGUAAGUGGUUCUGUCAACCCUCUAGCUCUGACAAUCGGAACUGGUUCUGAUCUUAAGAAAGCAGGUUUCAUCACUAUUGGCUACCGAGGCUCUUAUACUUUGGGUCGGGACAGUCAAACAGAUUCUAAGUUCCGCCGUGUGGCCCGAAUCAUGGUGUGUGGUAAGAUCUCAUUGGCCAAAGAAGUAUUUGGAGAUACUCUGAAUGAAAGCAGAGAUCCUGACCGCCCUCCUGAGCGAUACACUUCUCGCUAUUACCUCAAAUUCAACUUUCUGGAACAAGCCUUUGACAAGCUAGCUGAUGCUGGCUUCCAUAUGGUAGGAUGCAACUCCACUGGCGCCUGUGCUGGCACCCACGACCAGACAGAUGAUAAGAUCUGGACAUCUUAUACUGAAUAUGUUUUCUACCGUGACUGACUUUGAAAAGUCACCAGAAUUCAAACCAAAAAGCCAGCUCUGCCUCCACUUUCUGCUCCUGCAUUUAGAUCUUCUUAUAGAAACUGACACAUUAUGCUUAGACCUUGAAUUCUGUGUUUAAUCUUGGACGAUGUAAUUACUUUUACCAUAACUUAUAAAAUCCUUUUUGGUACCCUUCUUUCUUACACAUCAUCCCAUUUUAUAUGGCUUCUAGUCUUCUGUGGAUUGCGGAGUUGGAUGCUAUUCAGAAAAAGUAUUCAAUAGGUAGGCAUAUGUACACACACAUACUAUAGACAAUAGAGAAGUAUUUGUUGGCAAAUGCACAUAAAACUGCCACAGAUUCUGUUAGUUGAGAAAUGAUGAGCAGUGGUUUUCAUAUACUUUAUUAGCACCAUAUUGUGAAUUUGCUUAACUAUGUUGUAAUUUGUACUCACUUAGGUAAAGUCCUUUACUCAUAUAUACUCAUAGUGAAUCAUAUUCUAUAGCAAAUGUGAAUACAUAUACAUAUGUAUUUUCUUUAUCUUUUAUUCUCUCUCUCUCUCUCUCACACACACACACACACACGUUAUUGUUCUUACCAGACUGAAUAGAAGAAGGUGACAAAAGUCAUCCAGGAAAGGCCAACCAAUUCUUUAAAUUACCAAUUAUUUCUAAUAGUAAAAAGGGAAAAAUUACAUACACAAUUAUUCCCAAGGAUAAAACAAUUAUUGUUUAAAUUGCUUUUACUUGAAAAGGUUACUAAUAUAGUGAGUAUCAUGAUUGUUACACACACACAUAACCAAGUAUGC